AUGGAAACAGGUUAUUUACUUUUAUCGAAGUGUAAGUCGAUUGUCUUACAUCAAUCGUUGCAAACUCAUUGCAAUUCGUUAGAGACAAUGUCGGCAAAUGAUUUAUCACCUAAGAUCGAUGUUGACGUGAAACGUUCGACGACUGGGGUAUGGCUUGUAAAAAUGCCGAAAUAUCUUUCACAGAUUCUCAAUGAUUACGGUGAUUCAUGCGUCAACGGCGAAAUUGGACGUUUAAUUAAACCUCCACAAUCACAGCUUGCGAAAAGUUCAGGAUCUGCUGAACGUGUCCAAGGUGUUUCUUUUUGUCUCAAUGACCAAAUUAUGAAGAAGAUUCAAGAGAGAAAUCCAUCGAAAGAUUUUCAAAUGCCACCACGAGAACAUCGAUUCUGUCUCAGCAGCACUGCGGAUGACGUCGUCCGUACUGUAUAUACUCGAACAACGAAUAAUUCCAAUUCACCAACAGGCGAACAAAUAGCAAUUGUUGGAAAAGUUAUUCAACGUGCUGAAGUUCGUCCCGUCGAAAAUGAACAAUACAUGUCUAUGAAACGCAAACAGUUCGAGUCCUCCAAGGAACCAACCCGCAAAGCUUUGAUGAUCAACAAGAAAUCGAACGCCCCUCUACCUAGACGUGAUCAUGAAGAAAAUAAAGAACGUCUUCGUUUGAAGAAACUCAAAGGCAAACGUCUGCGAGGUUCGGAAGACGAAGUUACAACUAAAUUGUUUGAAGCGUUCUCCAAGAAUCAAUAUAUAUCCAUGAGUGGACUCGAAGAAAUCACGAAUCAACCGAAAAAUUUCUUACAGCAACUUGUUAAAAUAUACUGUAAUUAUAGCAGUUCGGGACAUACAUACGAACUGAAACCUCAAUUCCGAGAGCGAAGCAUAGCAAAAGAUGACGAUGACGAUGACGACAUGGACGAUGAUGAUGACGACGACGACGAUGAUGACAACAGUAACAACAAUAAUAAUGAUAAUAAAUAG